GCGGUCUUUGUAGCUGAACAGAAGGAAGAGAACUGUCCAGAGCAGGGAGCAAUCAACCUCAACUGGAGGAGAGCUCUGGAAGGCUCUAGAAAAAAGGGUCAGCUGGGUCUUGCAUGAUGCAGAGGAGCCUUCUAGAAGGGAAUAGAGUGCUGACGUGACAGGCCUGUGACCUCAGGGAUGUGAUAUUCAGACUGCAGCAGGCACUCCCGGAAUAGGAACUACAAGGCAGAGUUGGCAUCCUGCCGGUUGGAGCCGGUGCAGCUGGAGUGUGGGGACUAUCACCCGCUGAAGCCCAUCACUGUCACAGAGUCAAAGACAAAGAAAGUGAGCCGGAAAGGAAGCACUUCAUCCACAUCCUCCUCCUCCUCCAGUUCUGUGGUCGACCCACUGAGCAGCGUCCUUGAUGGCACCGACCCCCUCUCCAUGUUUGCAGCCACAGCAGACCCCGUAGCCAUGACAACAGCCACGGACAGCUCCAGAAAGAAACGUGAUAAAGAUGAUAACUCCAUUGUGGGAGCUGAUUUUGAGCCUUGGGCCAACAAAAGGGGAGAAAUCCUUACCCGGUACACAACCACGGAAAAACUGUCUAUCAAUCUGUUUAUGGGAUCAGAAAAGGGCAAAGCUGGGACCACAACAUCUGCCAUGUCAGAAAAGGUUCGGACACGGCUGGAAGAGCUGGAUGACUUUGAGGAGGGAUCCCAGAAGGAGUUACUGAACUUAACUCAGCAGGACUAUGUGAACCGCAUAGAGGAGCUCAACCAGUCUCUGAAGGAUGCUUGGGCCUCUGACCAGAAAGUGAAGGCAUUGAAAAUUGUCAUUCAGUGUUCAAAGCUCCUGUCAGACACGAGUGUUAUUCAGUUUUACCCAAGCAAAUUUGUCCUUAUCACCGACAUUCUUGAUACCUUUGGAAAGCUGGUCUAUGAGCGCAUCUACUCCAUGUGUGUGGACAGUCGCAAUGUCUUGCCAGAUCACUUUUCUCCAGAGAAUGUAAGUGACACGGCCAAAGAGACAUGCCUGAAUUGGUUUUUCAAGAUCGCCUCCAUCCGGGAACUCAUUCCCAGAUUUUAUGUGGAAGCGUCCAUCCUGAAGUGCAACAAAUUCCUCUCUAAAACGGGGAUUUCCGAAUGCCUGCCCCGGCUGACCUGCAUGAUCAGAGGGAUCGGGGACCCGCUGGUGUCUGUGUAUGCCAGGGCCUACCUGUGCCGGGUAGGAAUGGAAGUGGCCCCACAUCUUAAGGAAAGCCUAAAUAAGAACUUCUUUGACUUCCUGCUCACAUUUAAACAGAUUCAUGGGGACACUGUCCAGAACCAACUGGUGGUCCAGGGUGUGGAGCUGUCAUCCUACCUCCCCCUGUACUCACCCGCCAUGGACUGGAUCUUCCAGUGCAUCUCCUACCAUGCUCCGGAGGCUCUGUUGACUGAGAUGAUGGAAAGAUGUAAGAAACUAGGCAACAAUGCAUUGCUGUUGAAUUCUGUGAUGUCAGCCUUCAGGGCUGAGUUUAUCGCCACCAGGUCUAUGGACUUCAUCGGCAUGAUUAAAGAAUGUGACGAGUCUGGUUUCCCCAAGCAUCUUCUUUUUCGCUCACUGGGGUUAAACUUGGCCUUGGCUGAUCCUCCUGAGAAUGAUAGACUUCAGAUUCUGAACGAAGCUUGGAAAGUCAUCACAAAGUUGAAAAAUCCACAGGAUUACAUUAAUUGUGCUGAGGUGUGGGUGGAAUAUACCUGCAAGCAUUUCACGAAGCGAGAGGUAAACACUGUGCUGGCUGAUGUCAUCAAGCACAUGACUCCAGAUCGCGCAUUUGAGGACUCCUACCCUCAGCUUGAGUCAAUCAUUAAGAAAGUUAUCGCCCACUUCCGUGAUUUCUCAGUCCUUUUCUCAGUGGAAAAAUUUCUACCGUUCCUAGACAUGUUCCAGAAAGAAAGUGUGCGGGUAGAAGUGUGCAAAUACAUCAUGGAGACUUUCAUCAAGCAUCAGCAGGAGCCCACCAAGGACCCAGUGAUCCUGAAUGCCCUUUUGCACAUUUGCAAGACCAUGCACGACUCUGUGAAUGCACUCACUCUUGAGGAUGAAAAAAGAAUGCUGGCACAUCUGAUUAAUGGAUUUAUAAAAAUGGUUUCCUUUGGCCGUGAUUUUGAACAACAACUCAGUUUUUACGUAGAGUCCAGGUCAAUGUUCUGCAACUUGGAACCUGUUCUUGUGCAGUUGAUCCAUAGUGUGAACCGGUUGGCAAUGGAAACCAGAAAAGUGAUGAAAGGAAACCAUUCCAGAAAGACAGCUGCAUUUGUCCGGGCCUGUGUUGCCUACUGCUUCAUUACUAUCCCCUCGCUGGUGGGGAUCUUCACACGCCUUAACCUCUACCUGCACUCUGGUCAGGUUGCCUUGGCCAACCAGUGCCUCUCCCAAGCCGAUGCCUUUUUCAUGGCUGCUAUCAGCCUCAUUCCAGAAGUCCCGAAGAUGAUAAAUAUCGAAGGGAAGAUGCGGCCAUCGGAACCCUUCCUUCUGGAAUUCCUCUGCAACUUCUUCUCUACUUUAUUAAUAGUGCCGGAUCAUCCAGAACAUGGGGUCCUGUUCCUGGUCCGAGAGCUUCUCAACGUGAUUCAGGACUACACGUGGGAGGACAAUAGCGAUGACAAAAUCCGCAUCUACACCUGCGUCCUGCAUCUGCUGUCUGCCAUGAGUCAGGACACCUAUUUGUACCACAUAGACAAAGUCGACUCCAAUGACAGCCUCUAUGGGGGAGACUCCAAGUUCCUGGCUGAGAACAACAAGCUGUGUGAGACGGUGAUGGCUCAGAUCCUGGAGCACCUGAAGGCGCUGGCCAAGGAUGAGGCUCUGAAACGCCAGAGCUUGCUGGGCCUCUCCUUUUUCAACAGCAUCCUGGCCCAUGGGGACCUGCGCAACAACAAGCUGAACCAGCUCUCGGUCAACCUGUGGCACCUGGCACAGAGGCAUGGCUGUGCAGAUACCAGGACCAUGGUGAAAACUUUGGAAUAUAUCAAGAAGCGAAGCCAGCAGCCAGACAUGAAUCACCUGACAGAGCUGGCCCUGAGACUCCCUCUGCAGACCAGGACCUGACACCUGUUCCGGGGCCCAGGUCCCUGAGGCCAUGUCCACAGACAUGUUUUGCUGCCAUGAACUCCCUGGAGUUUAGGGGUGUUUGUUAUGUGCAUAUUUAUACAGACUGGUUCAAACUUUGGCCUUGGCCUUGGCCUUGGCUGUUCUGACAGCAAAGGAGGAAAUGUCUAAACCAUUCAAAUAAAAUCUUAUUCUCGGAGAA